AUGCUCAUCAUUGUGCCCCCUGUAUGUACCACCAUAUUCCGAGGCCUCCCAAUCCCUUUUGGAAUCAUCUUUGGUGGCACAGAUGUAAAUGAAGACGUUCACCAGCAGGAAAAAAAUGACGUGAUGGAGAAGGUUCUGGAAGAAGCCAGAUAUAGGUGUGUGUAUAAAGUUUCCAUCCAGGAAAUGGCUUACAGUGGUAGAGUCCAGUGGCCGCACGCUGGGGGUAAGAUCUACGUCCAGAGUCAAGGAAUCACAACAGUGCCUAACACCGCCUUUAGCUGGGACACUUUUCUUCAGCGUGCAGACAUUCCCCAAGGUGCUGACAACUUGCACGUUUUUCUCUUGAUCUGUGGACUCAGACGAGUGAAGGACCCGCUCUACUUGGUGGAUGCCUUUGCAGAAUGGCAUCAAGAAGAGCCCAGUGUGCACAUGAUCAUUGUUGGUCCCGAAGUCGAUCCAGUGUUCACACGGGAAGUAAAGGACAAAGUGAGAAGGAGCGCCGGGGUCCGACUGGUCGGAGAGAUGCCCCGAGAAGACCUCCACGCCGUGGUCAAGAACUGCUUCGCGGUGGUUAACAGCUCUGUCUCCGAGGGCAUGUCGGCCGCCCUCCUGGAGGCGAUGGAUCUGGAGGUAGUGGUGCUGGCGAGGGACAUCCCGGGGAACGCAGCUGUGGUGACACACGGAGUCACAGGAUUGCUCUUCUCAGACCCUCAGGAGUUUGUUCAGCUGGCCAAGAGGCUACUCCGGGAUCCUGCCUUUGAGAGAGAGAUUGUGGCCAAUGGGCGGGACUACGUGCGGACACACCAUUCCUGGCAAGCGGAGCGUCUCACCUACCAGAGCCUCGUCAGGAGACUGGAGGGGGCUCCGGGGGGCGGGAGUCGGGCCGGCCAGCCCCCGCCACGCCCAUCCUCAUGA